AUGAGUAAUCAAGCACUAUAUGAGAAACUUGGACAGACAACAGAAUUAAUAUCAUCAAAAUUAACAGAAUUAAUAAAACUUGCUUCAAUUGAAAGUUCAAGUGAUCAUAAUGAAGAAAACGACUCCGGUUAUAACGAUAAUAUUCUAGAUGAAUCUGAACUCUCUGUGGCUACAUCUAGCGUACUCAUGGUAAAUAACCAAACAGCUCAAUUAAUAAAAGGUGUACAGGAUUUAUUAAUACUGACAAGGCAUAUAAGAGAAAAAUGGCUACUAAACCAUAUACCAGAACAAACUCAUUCUGGUCCACAAAUUGACAAUGAAGAAUUGAAAAGUUUACUAAACACUUGCAUGAAAGAUAUCAUAGGUGAUGUAGAUAUAUAA